AUAUCUGCUUGCAAGAUGGCGGCGUCUAUCAGGAAGUGAAGGAAACAACUGAAAAUAAAAGUUGGACCAAAUUCCUUGUUUUGGUCCAUUUAAAGCAAUAAUUCGAUUGAAAACAUAACUGCGAACGGAUCUUGUAUUCAGAAUAAGAAACACAUUCGUGGUAGCUGGAGUGGACAGGUGCUAAGGGGACUGAUCUGGUUUCUGUUCUGCCCUCCGGAGCCCGACCUGUGACAUUCUCUUUACUUCUCACCACUGGGGCCCACAGGGCAAUCCCAUCUCAAACACACACUGACAGGCACGGAGCUAUACGACACCACAGACGAGAACAGUACGUCAAGAUUUCUUGGGAGAUGGAGUGGGCCUUGGUAUAAGCUCUGUAGGACACAGCCAGCAUACGUACGUGAAGGUCAAAGGUCAUGUGUCAGCCUGCAACCUGAUGCCCAGCCUCCCAUCACCCUCACCGGCCAUGGACGGGGAGAACUACCUGCACCCAGAGGGGCCACAGCUGGACAGCAGCAUUUUCGAAGUUGCCUCUUCCAAUAUGGAGAGUUAUCUGUAUCCCUCUGGUUCCUGGGCAUCAUUUUCACAGCAGUCUGGAGGCUACAACGCACACUGCCCUAUGCAAUCUGGAAACCAGCAAUACCACUUGAAUGCUCCCAUGCCCGAUUUGGACAUGUUCAGCCAUUCAGGGUUCCAUGACGAUUUCCUCAACCUCCCCAGGAACGGAGACUUCCCCCAGAACCUGUCCUGCAUCGAUGACCUCUCCAACUCUCUGUUCUCCUCUCCGGCCGACUCGCUGUCAGACUACACCGAUGCCCAGGCCUUCAUCACCACAGAUAACCUGGCCCACGUGCCCACGAUAUGGGACAUAAACACACCAGCACAGAGCCAGCUGGAGCUGAAUGCCAACAGGUUUCAGGAUUUGAACAGUUUGGAGGAUAUCGCUGCCAUUAUCAGCACCCCACCUUUGGGAGGAUACCAGCAGACUCAGAGAAACCAGACUCCGGCAGAAGAGGAGGCAGAGGAGGAGGAGGAAGAGACAGAGGAGCUGGGACAUGUAGACACCUACGCUGACUACAAACCAUCCAAAUCCACCAUAGGGAUCUCCCACCCAGACAUAGUGGUGGAGACCAACACGUUGUCCAGCGUCCCUCCACCUGACAUCACCUACACUCUGUCCAUUCCUGACUCCACCAUCAACUGUGGCCUGCUCUCUGCCCUGCAGCUGGAGGCCAUCAUAUACGCAUGCCAGCAACACGAGGUAAUUCUGCAGAACAACCAGAGAGCAGGCUUCCUGAUAGGAGACGGGGCCGGAGUAGGGAAAGGCCGCACAGUGGCUGGCAUCAUCCUGGAGAAUUACCUAAAGGGAAGGAAGAAAGCGCUAUGGUUUAGUGUAUCCAAUGACCUGAAAUACGACGCAGAGAGAGAUCUGAAAGACAUAGAUGCUCCCACCAUUCCUGUGCAUGCCUUAAACAAGAUAAAGUAUGGAGACACAGCUACCUCAGAAGGAGUCCUGUUUGCGACAUACUCUGCACUGAUCGGGGAGAGCCAAGCAGGUGGGCAGCACCGCACCAGACUCAAGCAGAUCCUGGACUGGUGCAAGCCCGGCUUUGAUGGAGUUAUUGUGUUUGACGAAUGCCACAAGGCCAAGAAUGCUACGUCCACCAAGAUGGGCAAGGCCGUGCUGGACCUGCAGCACAACCUGCCGCUGGCAAGGGUGGUUUACGCCAGUGCCACAGGUGCCUCUGAGCCAAAGAACAUGAUCUAUAUGAGCCGCCUGGGGAUCUGGGGCGAGGGUACGCCCUUCAAGACCUUUGACGACUUCCUGCACGCCAUCGAGAAGAGGGGUGUAGGCGCGAUGGAGAUUGUUGCCAUGGACAUGAAGGUGAGUGGGAUGUACAUCGCCCGGCAGCUGAGCUUCUCAGGGGUGUCCUUCCGCAUUGAGGAGAUCGGUCUGGACGACGACUUCAAACUGGUCUACAACAAAGCUGCCAAACUGUGGGCGGAGGCGCUGGCCGUGUUCAUGCGUGCAGCGGACGCGCUGUGUCUGGUCAGCAGGAAGUCCCUGUGGGGUCAGUUCUGGUCUUCCCACCAGCGCUUCUUCAAAUACCUCUGCAUCGCCGCCAAGGUUCGCUGCCUGGUGGAGCUGGCCAAGAAAGAACUGAAAGCUGGCAAGUGCAUCGUGAUUGGUCUACAGUCCACAGGAGAGGCCCGAACCAGAGAGGUCCUGGAUGAGAACGAUGGGCACUUGGACAGAUUCGUAUCUGCAGCAGAGGGUGUGUUCAAAGCUCUGGUACAGAAACACUUUCCCUCCGAGAAGCAGAGGAGAGAGAAGGCACGUGGAAACAAGAGAAAACGUAAGCCCAGGGGCCGGCAGCCCAAAUUCCCAAAGCACACCAUGGUUCAUCUGGGGGGUGUGAUCAACAUCAGUGACGACAGCAGCACGGACACGGACGGCAUGGACACCGACUCCAACUCCUCGCCAGACUCCCUGAUGGACAAUAACGAUGACGUCAUCUUCGUCCAGCACACCAGCUGUCACACAGCCAGUAUAGAGAAGAUGAAGCAGAGCCUCCUGAACAAGAUCGCUGACCUGGGAAAGGAACUACCUCUGAACACUCUGGAUGAGCUCAUUGACCAGUUUGGAGGACCAGAGAUGGUAUCGGAGAUGACGGGUCGUAAGGGUCGCGUGGUGCGGCGUCCUGACGGAAGCGUGCGCUACGAGUCGCGUGCAGAGCAGAGCCAUACCAUAGACCACAUCAACCUCAAGGAGAAGGACCGCUUCAUGUGUGGAGAGAAGAUGGUGGCCAUCAUCUCAGAGGCAGCCAGCUCAGGCAUCUCCUUGCAGGCAGACAAGCGGGUGAAGAACCAGCGUCGGAGGGUCCACAUAACCCUAGAGCUGCCCUGGAGUGCAGACAGAGCCAUCCAGCAGUUUGGUCGUACCCAUCGCUCUAACCAGGUGACGGCUCCAGAGUACAUCUUCCUCAUCUCUGAGCUGGCCGGGGAAAGACGCUUCGCCUCCAUUGUGGCCAAGAGACUGGAGAGCCUGGGUGCAUUGACCCACGGUGACAGGAGAGCCACAGAGUCCAGAGACCUGAGCAAAUACAACUUUGAAAACAAGUACGGUACCAAGGCUCUGGAUAAGAUCACCAAAGCCAUCCUGGGCCACAUCGAGAGCAAGGUGUCCCCUCCCAAAGGUUACCCCGGGGGUGAUGCUCUGUUCUUCAGAGACAUGAAGCAUGGCAUGAUGGACGUGGGUAUCUUCUGCAAGGAGCCACGGUUUGGUCUCAGCACUGAGAAAGACUGCAGCAUCACCAAGUUCCUCAACAGGAUCCUGGGCCUGGAGGUCCACAAGCAGAACUCUCUGUUCCAGUACUUCACCGACAACUUUGACUACCUGAUCGAGAAGGACAAAAAGGAGGGCAAAUACGACAUGGGAAUCCUAGAUCUGGCCCCAGGUAACGAUGAAAUCUACGAGGAGAAGCAAGAGACCUUCAUGACAGUGGGAAACCCCCAGGACGGACAGGUCGUGCUCUACAAGAUCAGCGUGGACAGAGGUAUGCCCUGGGAGGAGGCCUAUGAGAAGGUCCAGAACCUUAACAGUCCUGACGAGGGCUUCUACCUCUCACACAAGUUGCGGGGGAACCACCCGUGUGUGCUGCUGGCGGAGCAGGGCCGAGGGAGGAACUUCAUCGUCUACAAGCCCAACAUCGGGAAGCAGGCCCACCCAGAGAGCCUGGACAACCUGCAGCUACGCUACCGCAAGGUGACUCCAGACCAAGCCAAGGACAGCUGGGAGAGCCAGUUCAACUUCUCCUUUGGGAAAUGUAGCCAUGCUAACUGGAACGGGAAGUGUAAGAAGAUCGAGGAGGGUCAGGAGUGUCUGCAGGGAAUGCGUCUGCGCCAGUACCACAUGCUGUGUGGUGCGCUACUGCGCGUCUGGAAGUAUGUGGCUGACGUGGUCUCUGACAUCACCUGCUCCAGCAUCCUUCAGAUCGUACGCCUCAAAACCAAAAAUAGUAACAAGCAAGUCGGUAUCAAGAUCCCAGAGAACUGUGUGGCCCGAGUGCGGCAGGAACUUCUCAAAAUGGACGAGGAGGUGAAGAGAAGGCGCAAGGAGAAGGAGCAGCAGCGCGCCCAGGAGCAGCAGCGCGCCCAGGAGCAGCGGCUAGCCGAGGAGCGGCAGCUUCAGAACCAACACCUGCUGGCCAAGCUUUACAGCCAGAGACAGACCCUGAACCACAGCUUCAACAACCAGAACUUGUCGCAGGGCCUCAAGACCCAGCACCUGAGCCUGGCCCAGGCCAAUCCUCUACAGGUCAAGCCUCUACUCCAGCCCAAACCUUCACAGCUCAAACCCCAGCUCGGUCCAGUCAACCAGCUCCCCAGCAUGGCCAGCCCCACCUCCCACUUCUCCAAUUUCCCCCACCACUUCCCCUCCCUGCACCUCCUGCAGCCCAACUCCUCCUCCUCCUCCUACAUGCCCCCUCGGACCGGGGAGGAGGUCUUAGACCUGACGGUGAGCCCCUCUCCCUCCCCAGACAGCAAAGAGAGAGGCCUGGUCCUCGACUGCCUGACCAGAGACAGCUUUGGCCUGGACUCUCUGAUAUUGCUGAGCGAGCUCGCAGCCCAGAACACUGCACACAAACUGCAGCAACCUCUACAGCCACUGCCACUGCCACGACUGACAAAGCCACAGCAGCUACAACCACAGCUACAGUCGCCACAGCAGAUACAUCCACAGCUACAGUCGCCACAGCAGAUACACCCACAGCUACAGUCGCCACAGCAGAUACAAACACAGCUACAGUCGCCACAGCAGAUACAGCUACAGUCGCCACAGCAGAUACAACCACAGCUACAGUCGCCACAGCAGAUACAGCCACAGCUACAGUUGCCACAGCAGAUACAACCACAGCUACAGUCACCACAGCAGAUACAACCACAGCUACAGUCGCCACAGCAGAUACAACCACAACUGCAGUCACCACAGCAGAUACAACCACAGCAACGGUUGGACAGUCCGACUCUAAUCAACAGCGACCACCAGGACUACUAUGACAUCCUCAAACUGCUGGAAGAUCCAGACCAUCUGCCUUACUCUCUGUCUAGCCAGACAACUACUAACCCCUCCACUUCCUCCAACACAAUGGCUCAAGUCUCGUCCGGCCUCCUCUCUUCCCCCUCUACCCCCUCCUCCUCUCUCUUCUCUCCUUCGGCCCUGGCCCCCUCAGAACAGCAACCGCUCCCUCUGGCCAACGGCCACUGCAGCACGGACGCCCUCAUUAAUGUGCGCGAAGUGCUGGACAACAUGCUGCGGACCAGCGCAGACCGGCAGACGGUUAUCCAUUACCGGCUGCCUGAAUGGGACUCUGUGUAACCACAUCAUCAGUGUGGCUGUCUGAAUGGGACUCUGUGUAACCACAUCAUCAGUGUGGCUGUCUGAAUGGGACUCUGUGUAACCACAUCAUCAGUGUGGCUGUCUGAAUGGGACUCUGUGUAACCACAUCAUCAGUGUGGCUGUCUGAAUGGGACUCUGUGUAACCACAUCGUCAGUGUGGCUGUCUGAAUGGGACUCUGUGUAACCACAUCAUCAGUGUGGCUGUCUGAAUGGGACUCUGUGUAACCACAUCAUCAGUGUGGCUGUCUGAAUGGGACUCUGUGUAACCACAUCAUCAGUGUGGCUGUCUGAAUGGGACUCUGUGUAACCACAUCGUCAGUGUGGCUGUCUGAAUGGGACUCUGUGUAACCACAUCAUCAGUGUGGCUGUCUGAAUGGGACUCUGUGUAACCACAUCAUCAGUGUGGCUGUCUGAAUGGGACUCUGUGUAACCACCUUGUCAGUGUGGCUGUCUGAAUGGGACUCUGUGUAACCACCUUGUCAGUGUGGCUGUCUGAAUGGGACUCUGUGUAACCACAUCGUCAGUGUGGCUGUCUGAAUGGGACUCUGUGUAACCACCUUGUCAGUGUGGCUGUCUGAGUGGGACUCUGUGUAACCACCUUGUCAGUGUGGCUGUCUGAAUGGGACUCUGUGUAACCACAUCGUCAGUGUGGCUGUCUGAAUGGGACUCUGUGUAACCACCUUGUCAGUGUGGCUGUCUGAAUGGGACUCUGUGUAACCACCUUGUCAGUGUGGCUGUCUGUGUCCUCUAGCUGCUGAGUGUGAACGCAAGCCUCAUCCCCUCUCCCCUCAGGACCUAGUCACAUCACUGCCUGUCCUGUGCUCUUCUCCUCCUUAACCCUCCCAGGCACUGGAUCCACAGGCCAGGGUCACUUUCACUAGACCAAAUGUGUGGUCCCGUUCAGAGAUGGUAAACAUACGACCCAGGUGGAACUGGCCCGGUCACUUCGCUGAGAGAGAGAGCAAAUGGUCUAUACGCCGUUUCUACACCAAGGCAUGACUCAUUGAAGAAACACAAUUCCAACAGGGUUUGAUUAUGUUUCUAUAACUAUCAAAAGCUCAUGUGCUUUAAAAAAAAAAUCCAACCUUGUUGCAAUUGUUUUUUAUUGAGGAAACCUUAAUUUAGAAAUAUUUUUCUAGAACCACAGCUAGUCGCUACUGGUUAUGUUGGGUUUCACUGGUAACAUUGCGGGAUUCAAACUGCCUUUCAUGCACAUCUGUAUGCUUUUCUGCGUUGUCCUGUAAUUCUCUUCAUCGCCAUUGCAUCGACUUGGUUUGUUAAAACCAAGGGCUCUACUCAAAAACAUAAAACUGGAAAAAUUGACAAUGUUUCAGUUUUGGCUCCUUCUUCUCCCUCACUCUGCUGUUUCUACCAUCACUCUCUCUAGUGUCCCAUGUGAAAAAAGAAAGGGGUCAGCCGUUGUAACAGUGCCUUUGGAAACCUACUUAAAUGCAGUCUUUGAAACCCAUAUAGGCCUAAUGUAUAGAUUUGUACUGGAAGCAUAGGUAUGUUAAUUUAUUCUAUUUGUAUUUAACUUAACCCUCCUCGGCCCUCUGUUGGCUCUAUGCUGGUGGCAGGUGCCAGGGGUCGUCCCCACGAUCCCAGUAUGUGUAUGUCUGUCUGUGUGUGGACCCUAUAGCUGUCCCUUCAGCACGUCUGUUCUGUGUGGAACCCUGCUUUCCCAGGCCAUGUUAUAGACAGAGAGCAGGGGUUAGAUGGGAUGGACACUGCUGAUGUGAUGCAAUUUAAAAUCAUAUCAUAUCCUACUUUUAGUCUACUUACCAUUCAUCCAACGGUGACUCCUGGGUUGCUUUUGAUUUGAAGUUCUCAGGAAUGUGCAUUUGUUGUUUUGUUUAACUUUCAGACCAACACUGAUAUGAGCAUUUGUUUUAGCUUAUAACUUUAGCAUAUAUAUAUAUGCUAAAACAAAUAAUAAAUAUAUAUAAUACAAACAGUGCCUUUGGAAAGUAUACAGACCCCUUGACUUUUUCCACAUUUUGUUACGUUACAGCCUGAUUCUAAAAUCUAUUACAUUUUUCCCUCAUCAAUCUACACACACUACCCCAUAAUGGCAAUGCAAAAACAGGUUUAUAGAAAUGUUUGCUAAUUUAUUAAAAGUAAAAGCACAUUUACUUAUGUAUUCAGACCCUUUACUCAGUACUUUGUUGAAGCAUCUUUGGCAGCGAUUACAGCCUCCAGUCUUCUUGGGUAUGACGCUACAAGCUUGAUGCACCUGUAUUUGGAGAGUUUUUCCUAUUCUUCUCUGCAGAUCCUCUCAAGCUUUGAGACUUGUCCCAAAGCCACUCCUACGGGUCAUUGUCCUGUUGGAAGGUGAACCUUCGCCCCCAGUCGGAACGCUCUGGGGCAGGGUUUCAUCAAGGAUCUCUCUGUACUUUGCUCCGUUCAUCUUUCACUCGAUUCUGAUUAGUCUCUUAGUCCCUCCCGCUGAAAAACAUCCUCACAGCAUGAUGCUGCCACCACUAUGCUUCACCUUAGGGAUGGUGCGCCAGGUUUCCUCCAGAAGUGACGCUUGGCAUUCAGGCCAAAGAGUUCAACCUUGGUUUCAUCAGACCAGAGAAUCUUGUUUCUCAUGGUCUGAGUCUUUAGGUGUUGCAGAGAUGGUUGUCCUUCUGGAAGGUUCUCCCAUCUCCACAGAGGAACUCUAGAGCUCUGUCAGAGUGACCAUCAGGUUCUUGGUCACCUCCCUGACCAAGGCCCUUCUCCCCCGAUUGCUCAGGUUGGCCAGCAAUAGGAAGAGUCUUGUCUUCUUGGGGACCUUCAAUGUUGCAGACAUUUUUUGGUACCCUUCCCCCAGAUCUGUGCCUCGACACAAACCUGUCUCGGGAGCUCUGCGUAAAAUUCCUUCGAUCUCAUGGCUUGGUUUUUGCUCUGACAUAUACUGUCAACUGUGGGACCUUAUAUAGACAGGUUUUUUCCCUUUACCAAAUCAUGUCCAAUCAAUUUAAUUUAUCACAGGUGAACUCCAAUCAAGUUGUAGAAACAUCUCAAGGAUGAUCAAUGGAAACAGGAUGCACCUGAGCUCAAUUUCGAGUCUCAGCAAAGGGUCUGAAUACUUAUGUAAAAAUGUUUUAUUUUUUUAUAAUAAUAAUUGUCUAAACCUGUUUUCGCUUUGUCAUUAUGGGUAUUGUGUGUAGAUUGCUUGGGAUUUUUUUUCAUUUAAUCCGUUUUAGAAUAAGGUAAUUUAACAAAAUGUGAUAAAAGUCAAUGGGUCUGGAAUACUUAAUGAAGGCACUGUAUAUACAUACAUACACGUAUGUAUCUAUAUAAAUACAUACAUACAUGACCAAAGGUAUGUGGACACCUGCUCAUCAAACAUCACAAAAUCAUGGGAAUUUCUACACUGGUCAGCAACGGGUGUGGCGAAUCCACUUUUGUGUAUAUAUAUAUAUAUAUAUAUAUAUCCCUGUCUAAAUCGUGUAUGUAUGUGUAUACAUACACUACCGUUCAAAAGUUUGAGGUCACUUAGAAAUGUCCUUGUUUUCCAUGAAAACAUACAUGAAAUUAGUUGCAAAAUGAAUAGAAAAUAUAUACUCAAGACAAGGUUAUAAAUUAUGAAUUUUAAUUGAAAUAAUAAUUGUGUCCUUCAAACUUAGCUUUUGUCAAAGAAUCCUCCAUUUGCAGCAAUUACAGCCUUGCAGACCUUUGGCAUUCUAGUUGUCAAUUUGUUGAGGUAAUCUGAAGAGAUUUCACCCCAUGCUUCCUGAAGCACCUCCCACAAGUUGGAUUGGCUUGAUGGGCACUUCUUACGUACCGUACCAUACAGUCAAGCUGCUCCCACAACAGCUCAAUAGGGUUGAGAUCCGGUGACUGUGCUUGCCUCUCCAUUAUAGACAGAACACCAGCUGACUGCUUCUUCCCUAAAUAGUUCUUGCAUAGUUUGGAGCUGUGCUUUGGGUCAUUGUCCAGUUGUAGGAGGAAAUUGGCUCCAAUUAAGUGUUGUACGGGAUCUUCAGUUUCUUGGCAAUUUCUCGCAUGGAAUAGCCUUUAUUUCUCAAAACAAGAAUAGACUGACGAUUUCAUGAGAAAGUUUUUUGUUUCUGGCCAUUUUGAACCUGUAAUCGAACCCACAUGCUGAUGCUCCCGAUACUCAACUAGUCUAAAGAAAGCUUGUUUUAUUGCUUCUUUAAUCAGCACAACAGUUUUCAGCUGUGCUAACAUAAUUGCAAAAGGGUUUUCUAAUGACCAAUUAAACUUUUUUUAAAUGAUAAACUUGGAUUAGCUAACACAACGUGCCAUUGGAACACAGGAGUGAUGGUUGCUGAAAAUGGGCCUCUGUACGCCUAUGCAGAUAUUCCAUAAAAAAUCUGCCAUUUCCAGCUACAAUAGUAAUUUACAACAUUAACAAUGUCUACACUGUAUUUCUGAUCAAUUUGAUAUUUUAAUGGACAAAAAAUAUGCAUUUCUUUCAAAAACAAGGACAUUUCUAAGUGACCCAAAAUUUUGAACAGUAGUGUGUGUGUGUGUAUAUAUAUUAUGUUUCAGAACCUGUAAGAUCUGGCUGUGGUUGUGAAAUGAAUGCACGGUAAUUGGUUCAUGAAAAGCCUGGGUAAUUUCAACUAAUCAAAAGCAAUAAACAAGACAUUUUGAAUAGCAGAUGUUUUAGAAGUCUAAGUACUGUUUACGCUCCACAGCCGAAGGUUAUAGAUAUACCUGUGCAUGGUAAGAAUUGGAUUCCUCUUUAUUUUUGUUCUACUUGUAGUCUGUAGUUAAAGACCUCUGAAAUAUGUAUGAACUUUGUAUAAACAUUGUGAUGGGAUGAAAGCAAUGUGCUAUUGAUGUUUUUUGUCAUCAUUAUUAUGAUGAUUAUUGUUAUUUAUAUUUUAGGGAUAUUUUGUUUUUUUAGAUUGUUAUCCUGAUGAUUCUUUAGUCAAAGUUUGGUCAGGGACAUUUCUAGUUUUCAAGAUUACUAUAAAAACAAAAAAUAAGUCUAUUAUAACCUGCCACCAAAUAAUAUUGCACUCUUCUGUACUGCUGUACAGGGGUGAUCAUUUGUUUCUUUUCAGUUAUUUGAUCCGAUUCUGCUUGUGACUCAAGUAGAAUUGUUCCAACUUUUCCAUAUUCUGCCAGGGCUUUAGUUUGCAGAGAGAUACCAAAGUAUUCCACACCCCGGAAGUUACUGGCUAUAUCUGACCUAUUAUAUCAAUCUCAGGAAGAAACCUAAAAGAGAUGUAUUGGUGGGGAGUUAUGAGAAAUGUUAUUGUUUUCGCUUACAACAGUGGUGAACCUAACAAAAAUGCACAUUUAGUGCUAUUUUAUUUCUUCAUUUUGUACUGCGACUCUUGCUGGUUUAAAAAAUGUUUUUUUUUAUCUUUGAUUUUAAGUGUUUAUGCCAUCUUAGGGCAAAGAUCAAACGCUGUUUCUUUUAAGGAACUUUAUUGUUUAUAUCUCUGGACAGUUUUUUAGUCGUUUAAUACAUUUUAAUGCUGACAAAGAUUUUGAGCAGAUUUGCACCUGGAUAUACUGAUAUGUGCAAUUACUGGUGCAGAUCGUUCCCCUUUCCCGACUAUCUGACAGAUUCACGCUGAUCCAUCCAAUAGCUCCAUCCAAUAGCUCAGGCCCAUUUUCUCCUAAGAGAUUCUACUUUAUCCCAUCUCAUAGCCCUCUCUUUUCUGCUUCAGAUUGUCCCAAACAUAUAUUUCCUCAUCAGGCACAUUCCAAUAAAUCCAAACACAUUUUCACAAUCAAACUGUUUGUCCCAUGCUUCACCUAUGGCCAAUGGACUGUGUGGUAUAACACUGACAUAGAGGUAAUAUGCAUUAUAAACCUGUGGAAACGGACAAACACGAUUUGAGAAAAUGAAUUACAAUUUUUAAAGGAACUGUUUGACUUUGUCUUAGCUAGCUAGGUCUUUUUAUUUUGUCUAAAUUUGCACUAAGAAUGGCAUAAUCAAGUUACUGUUGUCUGUUUGUUAUGAUUGAGAGUUGCAAGCUUGUUAUGUUCCUGACCUUUUGAUGGAUAGCAUUUUUGUAUACUGUAACCAUCCUCCUUGUUUCUCCACCUUUUGCAUAUAAAGUAUCACAUUCAAUAAUUUAUUGCCAACAAAAACUAAACAAAAAACAUGCUACUGAUUGUAUGUAUUUUUUAAAAAUUAUAUUUUCUUUCUGUAAAAACUGUUCAGCACUUUUAUUCUGGGUUGUGCUUUUGUUUUUCUAUAUAUUUAUCAUUUAGAUCGAAAUGUAUAUAUUGUAAAAAAAAAAUGUGCCUUUCGACUAAUUCUUUAAAAGGUUUUCUACUCAUAAAAGGAAGGAAUAUAUCAAAAUGCAAUCUUAACUUUGUAAAACAAACAACAAAUAAAAACUUGAAGAUUGUGAAAAA